AUGAAGGACGUCGAUGCGCCCAACGGACUCAAGACGGACAACAGCAUCGACGACGACGACACUGCGUCCGAGGAUGCCAACUCCAGUGAGGAGGACCCCGAACCUCAGGAUCUCGCACUUGAUCAGGUGCGGCGGCGAGGUCUACUUCCUACAGGCUGCUGUUAUGAUGACAGGAUGAAACUCCAUAUGAACGCAGACUUCAGUCCAAAUACCCAUCAUCCAGAAGACCCCCGCAGAAUCCACGAGAUCUUCAAGGCGUUCAAGAAAGCGGGCCUCGUCUAUACUGGCUCCGAGGCAGACCUUCCAAGGAUCAUAAGAGAAUGUCCUACACGAUACAUGUGGCGGAUAGCUGCCCGGUCGGCGACAAAAGACGAGAUCUGUCUUGCUCACUCAGCCGACCAUUUCAGCUGGGUUGAGAAUCUAGACAAGAUCAGCACCGCGGAACUUCGAGAGUUGACUAGGAGAUACGAUCAAGGACGCGAAUCUCUCUAUGUCGGCAGCAUGUCGUAUCCCGCAGCCCUCCUCUCCGCUGGAGGCGCUAUCGAGACCUGCAAGAACGUCGUCACAGGACAGGUGAAGAACGCGUUCGCCGUGAUUCGACCGCCGGGGCACCACGCUGAGUUUGAUGCGCCCAUGGGCUUCUGCUUCUUCAACAAUGUUCCAGUGGCCGUCAGAGUGUGUCAGCAAGAUUACCCCGAUCUAUGUCGCAAGGUCCUCAUCCUGGACUGGGAUGUCCAUCACGGCAACGGAGUGCAAAACAUCUUUUAUCAGGACGCCAAUGUUCUAUACAUCUCCCUCCACGUGUACGCCAAUGGAACAUUCUACCCUGGAAAGCCACCGAAUCCCAUAACCCCCGAUGGAGGCAUCGAGAACUGUGGUAGUGGUCCUGGACUCGGCAGGAACAUCAACAUCGGUUGGCACGACCAGGGCAUGGGAGAUGGUGAAUACAUGGCGGCCUUUCAGAAGAUCAUCAUGCCCAUCGCCAAGGAGUUCAACCCCGACUUGGUGGUCAUCUCUGCCGGCUUUGAUGCUGCGGAUGGUGAUGAGCUUGGAGGUUGCUUUGUUUCACCAGGCUGCUAUGCUCACAUGACACAUAUGCUCAUGUCUCUAGCCGGCGGAAAGGUCUCUGUGUGUCUCGAGGGAGGCUAUAACCUGAAAGCUAUUUCCAAAUCAGCUGUCGCCGUCGCUCAGACACUCAUGGGCGAGCCGCCACCCAAGAUGGAGCUUCCCAAGAUCAACAAGGAAGCUGCGCGCAUCUUGGCCAAGGUCCAGGCGCACCAGGCCCCGUACUGGGAGUGCAUGCGGCCUGGCAUUGUGGAUGUGCCAGAGGUUCAGUCGCUAAAUGCUAACCGCCUCCACGACGUUAUUAGGAACGCCCAAAGGCAAGUCCUGCAAACCAAGCACAACAUGGUACCUCUCUACAUCCAGCGCGAACAGCUGUACAAGUCGUAUGAGAACCAGGUGCUGGUGACUCCGAGUCUGCAUGAAGCGAACAAGAUUCUGAUUAUUAUUCAUGAUCCACCUCAGCUCCUAGCUCAGCCGGAUGUUAUCGAUACAUCUCUCGAUCCGCAUAAUGCUUGGGUUGUUGACGGUGUAACCGAAUACAUUGAUUGGGCGAUUAGCCAGAAGUUUGGUGUCAUGGAUAUCAACGUUCCUGCGUAUAUCACCCAUGAAGAGGAUUCGGAUGCAUAUAUCCCAGGCUUCAAAGAAAAGGCCCUCCAGGAACAGAUUCAGUCUCUUGUCUGCUAUCUCUGGGACAAUUAUCUGCAGCUAUACGACGCAGAAAACAUCUUCAUCAUGGGCGUCGGGAACGCCUAUCUAGGAGUCAAGGUUCUUCUCGUAAAUAGAGUGAUAGACUGCAAGGCAAGGAUUUCCGGAGUGGUGAAUUUUGUCAAUGGAACACUCCGGCCAGUCAAGUCAGACAUCGAUACGGAUCUCUCGUCCUGGUACAAAGACAACUCGCGCGUCUACAUCGCGGGCGACCAUGCGUGCUGGUCCGAUCCUGACCUGACACGGAAAGUCCACAAGCGCCGCUUCGGAACAGUCGUGCGAAGCCCAAAGUUUGGUCUCAACAAGAUGAUGCAGGCCCAUGCUAACGAGGCACGCGCGUGGAUCCUGGAGAGAGUUGUUGAGGCAUCAGAUGCGGAUAUGACAGAUGAUGAGAAGCAAUGA